CUAAUAAUAAUUUCAAACGACAACAAUUACAACACAAUGAAGAAGAAAACGACACGCAGGCAGGCAACACUGGCAUUUACUACUUGCAGAGCCACUGUCUUCCACAGCCGCUGAUACAACCUACUACGGCGAUAGCCCCUGCUGCAUCCCAAUUCCCCCAACCCUAAAACAAAGCCUUUGGUUUUCAUAAAGUUGGAGUCUUUUUCCCAAUCCCAGCAUAAACUUCGAUUUCACUUCUGAGGGUUUUUGAGGAAAUGUAAAAAUUCAGGGUUUUUGGGCAAAAUUAGAAAGUUAGGGUUUUUGAGGCCAUAUUUAUUUCCUUGAAGCAAAACCCUAGGCAUGUAAUAAUUCAUUAUGGUUUUGUCCCGAAGCCUUGUUCUAGCAUAGGGUUGUUUGAGGGCGUUUCAUAGCAUGGUUUCAGGGCCACUGGUAGGUGACGAAGCGAGCAACAAGGCUUAUUCCCGAAAGAACCAGAGCUACUCCAAGAAUCCCAAUCAUGUCCUCCACCACUCGUCGCCUCCCCAGAACAUGACGCAAGUCCGUGGCGCGCUGGCGUCGAACGACUCGUCGAGCGACAAUGGCUCGCUUCCUGGCCUUGCUGAGCCAGACAAUGGACCACGCGGGUAUUCAAAGUUCGGGAACAUGGUGCGGAUUCAGUUGGAUUCUUGGUCCAAGGCUGACCUAAGAGAGAUUAAGUGGAAGCUGAUGAGUGAGCUUGAACAAGUCAGGUGCUUGGUGAAGAAUCUUGAAGCUAAGGAGGCUGAGCUUAGUGAGAGGUAUGUUCAGUCACAGUUUUCAGCUGAUGAUGUUAUAGAUAAUGUUAAAACUAAAACUACAAUGAGGGUCAAUUCGGAGGUGGGUUCUGUAGGACUCCGUGAUUCGGGGCCAUAUCGGGGGUUGAGUGUUUCAGGGCCAGAGGAUGAUGGUGGAGCUGGUCAGUAUAUGGAGAAGCAGAAGAGGACGUGGAAGGCAAAUCAAUGUUCUAGGAAUUCGGAGUUUCCUAUUGGGAAGGAGAAGUUACCACCUUUAGGGAGUAGCAAGAAGUUGAAAUCCAAUGGAAGGACAAUAGAUGAGGGUGGAGUUGGGCCUUGGUUCAGGAAAGGUAAGAAUCCGAGUCCAUUGUUCAAGAGUUGUAGUACGUUGCUUGACAAGUUGAUUAAGCAUAAGUUUGGCUGGGUGUUUAAGAAGCCUGUAGAUGUGAAGGCGCUUGGGCUUCACGAUUACAAUACCAUUAUUAAGAAACCGAUGGAUUUGGGCACGGUGAAGACUAGGCUGAACGAGAAUUGGUAUAAGACUCCUGUGGAAUUUGCAGAGGAGGUGAGACUUACAUUUAAUAAUGCAAUGUUGUAUAACCCGAAAGAGCAGGAUGCUCAUCUUAUGGCGGAGCAAUUGUUGAAAAUGUUUGAAGAUCAAUGGGCGGCUAUAGAGUCCGAGUAUAAUCUUAAUAGGAGAAAUGAGAUAGGGAAUGAUUCAAAUUUGCCACCACCUGUUUCAAGAAAAAUUCAAGCUCCUGCAGCUGCUCCUCCUUUGCCAUUGGAGAUGAGGACUCUAGAUAGAGCAGAAUCUACGACAAAGUCUGUUGAUCCCAAGUUGAAACCUGUGAGUUCUGGUCAUCCAGGUCGACCACCAGUUCCGAAGAAGCCAAAAGCCAGGGACCCCAACAAAAGGGAUAUGACUUAUGCAGAGAAGCAGAGGCUCAGCACAAACCUUCAGACUUUGCCUUCUGAGAAACUAGAUACCAUUGUCCAGAUUAUUAAAAAGAGGAAUCUAGGGCUUUGUCAGCACGAGGAUGAGAUUGAGGUGGACAUUGAAAGUGUUGAUCCUGAAACGCUUUGGGAACUGGAUAGGUUCGUGACUAAUUACAGAAAAAGCUUGAGCAAAAAUAAGAGAAGAACAGAGCUUGCUCCUCAAUCAAUAGCAGAACCUGGCCAUGCCAUCCAGGAUAAAAAUGUGGCAACAUACACUACAGUGGCAGAAAAAGAAGCCAAAGCAGCAGUUGAAAACAACAAUAGUGCAUUUUCCCCAGUUCGAAGAGAAGAGCAAGGAGAUAAUGUGAGUGGAUCAAGUAGUUCUGGCAGUGGAUCAGGAUCCUCUUCAAGUGAUUCUGACAAUGAUAGUUCAUCUGGAUGUGGAUCAGAUUCAAAUCGUUGACCUAGGACCUGAAUUGAUUUAGUUGAGAGAUUUUUAGAAGUCUUUGUUCAGCCCGGGAUACGGUUGGUGUAGAUGAGGCAUCCAAGUGGUCCAUCUUACUGCUGCUCCUGAUCAGAGUUCUUCGAAGGUGUAAAUUAAUGUGGAAAACUUAAUUAGCAGUGCUUGUUCCUUAUGAACAAAUUGUAUGAAAAGUAAAAGAACCAAACUAUAUUAUGAUGGCAGGAAACAGUUUCUAUGACAAAUGUGCAAACUGCAAACUAGUUGCUCCUCGUUUCCACCUCAAAAUUAUAUAUUAGAUUUUUUUUUUUU